AUGGCCGUUCUCAAGAAGCCCGGGUUCGAGAAUCCCGUCGAGCAGCAGCGCAUCCGCAUCACGCUCACCUCCCGCAACGUCAAGAAUCUGGAGAAGGUAUGCACCGACCUCAUCCGCGGCGCCAAGGACAAGGACCUUCGUGUCAAGGGCCCCGUGCGCAUGCCAACCAAGACCCUUAAGAUCACCACGCGCAAGUCGCCCUGCGGCGAGGGAACCAACACCUGGGAUCGCUUUGAGAUGCGCAUUCACAAGCGCCUCAUCGAUCUUCGCUCCUCCACGGAUAUUGUCAAGCAAAUCACGUCGAUCAGCAUUGAGCCGGGAGUUAUCGUCGAGGUUUCUAUUGACGCCGCCGAGUAA